CUCUCCCAACGUCCUAGGUGUCGUUGGAGCCCUGAGUGCGUGACUCGUCCGAUCCUCGCCUCCUCCCUGCUGUCGUCGAUCUCUCCUCUCCCCAGGAAGAAAAAUGGUUUCUGUUGCAGUUGACCCACAACCGAGUGUGGUGACCAGGGUGGCCAACCUGCCCUUGGUGAGCUCCACAUACGACCUGGUCUCCUCGGCCUAUGUCACUACAAAGGAUCAGUAUCCUUGCUUGAAGUCUGUGUGUGAGAUGGCGGAGAAGGGUGUGAAGACCAUCACGUCUGUGGCAGUGAUGAGUGCUCAGCCCAUCAUCCAGAAGCUAGAGCCACAAAUUGCUGUUGCCAAUAACUAUGCCUGUAUGGGACUAGACAGGAUUGAGGAGAAACUGCCUAUACUGAAUCAGCCAACAAAGCAGGUUGUUGCCAAUGCCAGAGGUGCAGUGACUGGGGCGAAAGAUGCUGUGACGACCACCGUGACUGGAGCCAAGGAUUCCGUGACCAGCACGAUCACCGGGGUGGUGGACAAGACCAAAGAAGCCGUUACAGGCAGUGUGGAGAAGACCAAGUCUGUGGUGAAUGACAGCAUUAACACGGUCAUGGGCAGUCGGAUGAUGCAGCUGGUGAGCAGUGGAGUGGAAAAUGCGCUCAGCACAUCAGAGCUGCUGGUAGACCAGUACCUCCCUCUCACCGAGGAAGAACUAGAAAAAGAAGCCAAAAAGGUGGAAGGAUUUGAGUCUGUUCAGAAGCCAAGUUAUUACGUUAGGCUGGGAUCGCUGUCUACCAAGCUCCGUGCACGCGCCUACCAGCAGGCUCUGGGCAGGGUGAAGGAAGCUAAGCAAAAAAGCCAGGAGACCAUUUCCCAGCUCCAUUCCACCGUUAACCUGAUUGAAUUUGCCAGAGAGAAUGUGCAGUGUGCCAACCAGAGGAUUCAGGAUGCUCACGAUAAGUUCUUUCUCUCCUGGGUGGAGUGGAAGAAAAGCAUCGGCUAUGAUGACACCGAUGAAUCCCACUGUGCUGAGCACAUUGAGUCACGUACUCUUGCUAUUGCACGAAACCUGACUCAGCAGCUGCAGACCACGUGCUCCACCCUCCUGUCCAACGUCCAAGGGUUACCACAGAACAUCCAAGACCAGGCCAGUCACUUGGGGGAGAUGGCUGGCGACAUCUACUCAGUGUUCCGCAAUGCGUCCUCCUUCACAGAAGUGUCCGACGGCUUCCUCACUUCUAGCAAGGGGCAGCUGCAGAAAAUGAAGGAGUCUUUAGAUAAUGUGAUGGAUUAUCUUGUUAACAACACCCCCCUCAACUGGCUGGUAGGUCCCUUUUAUCCUCAGAUAAUCGAGUCUCAGAAUGCUCAGCAUCGUGUUGCAGAGAAGGACACAGCCAGCCAGCAAGCCCAGCAACCUGAGCACAAAACACAGUAAUCCUGUCCCUGUCACCAGCGCAUGGUGCGGCCAGCCAGAUGACAUCUUCUGUUAUGUUGCAAUUAACCUGCUAGACAACUACAUUUUGGGGAAACAGCUAGCUAG